UGGGGCGAUGAUGCCGUCAGGUACAAAUACCAUCCUAUUUGUGAAACAGCUCCGCCUGCCGACCAUUUACCGCAACUGCAACCUCCUGACUUGCUCGUCAGAGGAGCGAAAGUAGGUCAGGCGACAAACCUAACAUUUUCUCAGUCACCUUACUUCGAGAGUCAGCGUUUGUCAGUCUCCCGUCGCACCGUGCUGUCACUGGCCCAAUGUGUUGGAUCGGCCGGACAGCUCGAACGCAGUUUUCGUCUUGUGUCGGUCCAGGUUGACGUGGAGGAGUGACCCGCCUAUUCACAAACAACCGGCGGAGGAGAAAACCAGGUGAGAGGUCAGGAUGAAGCGAGGCCUCCAAGAAAAUGAGCCGGAGGAUGGCGGUGGCCCCAGCGGCGAGUGCAAGAGGACUCUGUGUGAGCCGACCCAGGAGAGAGACGUGGAGGCGGAAGGCAUCAGCUGGGAGGAUUUGCCACAGGAGAUUCUGCUUCACAUUUUCCAGUAUCUGCCUCUUCUGGACAGGGCUUACGCUUCUCAGGUGUGUCGAGGUUGGAAUCUGGCCUUCCACAUGCCAGAGUUGUGGCGCUGCUUUGAGUUUGAGUUGAACCAGCCAGCCAGCUCCUACCUGAAGGCAACACACCCAGACCUCAUCAAACAGAUAAUCAAAAAGCACUCCAACCACCUGCAGUAUGUCAGCUUCAAGGUGGACAGCAGCAGGGAGUCUGCAGAGGCGGCGUGCGACAUCCUUUCUCAGCUUGUGAACUGCUCUUUGAAAACUUUAGGGCUCAUCUCCACAGCCCGGCCCAGCUUCAUGGAGCUGCCUCGGUCCCACUUCAUCUCAGCGCUGACGGUGGUUUUCAUUAACUCCAAAUCCCUGUCCUCUUUGAAGAUCGAUGACACGCCUGUAGAUGACCCCUCUCUCAAAGUCCUAGUGGCCAACAACAGUGAUACACUGAAGCUGCUGAAAAUGAGCAGCUGUCCUCAUGUGUCACCUGCAGGGAUCCUGUGCGUGGCCGAUCAGUGCCACGGCCUGAGAGAACUGGCCCUUAAUUACCACUUGCUGAGUGACGAGCUUCUCAUCGCGCUGUCCUCUGAGAAGCACGUUCACCUCGAGCACCUUCGCAUUGAUGUGGUCAGCGAGAACCCCGGCCAGCAGUUUCACACCAUCAAGAAGAGCAGCUGGGACGCCAUGGUACACCACUCUCCCAAGUUUAAUCUAGUCAUGUACUUUUUCCUUUACGAGGAAGAGUUCGGCCCUUUCUUCCAAGACGAGAUCCCCGUGACGCAUUUGUACUUUGGCCGCUCGGUCAGCAAAGACGUGCUGGGACGUGUUGGCCUCACCUGCCCGCGUCUGGUUGAGCUGGUGGUUUGUGCAAAUGGGCUGCGGCCGCUGGAUGAGGAGCUCAUCCGCAUCGCCCAGCGAUGCACGCAGCUGUCCGCCAUCGGUCUGGGCGAGUGCGAGGUUUCCUGCAGCGCCUUUGUGGAAUUUGUCAAGAUGUGCGGCGACAGACUUAAACAGCUGUCCAUCAUGGAGGAAGUGCUGGUUCCAGACAGCAGAUAUGAGCUGGAUGAUAUCCACUGGGAGGUGUCUAAACAUUUGGGCCGUGUCUGGUUUCCGGACAUGAUGCCGACUUGGUAGAGCUCUGAACCAAUAAUAGUUUGCGGUGCACCGAUCAAUUAGCUCAGAUUUCCUUAAUUUUCGGGGAUUGGCAAUCAGCCUUAUCAGUGCACCCCAAAUUUUAGCGUGUAGGUUUGUGCUUGACCGUCUUUUUUAAAUAUUCUCCAGGUGCAUAUGCGAUUACAUGAAGAAAAAACUCUGGGAUUUAAUCUUAAACAAUCUGUUUUUAAAAUCUUGUUGUAUAAAUAUUAAUUCCUGUGGAUUCAUGUUCAUAAUUUUUGUAUGGUUUUAUAUUUUUGCUUCAUUAGAUUAUACUGCUCGUUUUGAUUUGCAAUAUGUUGCACCUUAUUUUCCUCAGCCCUGCAAAGAGGUGGUAUGUCGUGUUGAAGGGGCUUUUCAGGGGCAAGAACGACCACACAUGAUUCGGGAAGAACAAGUAACAGUCAAAAUAAGCAAUGCACAUUUUGUAUGGAUAAAUCAUAUUUUUUAUCUAUUAGAUAUUUUUUUUGUGUUUGAAUUGUGCAUUCCUAAAAAAAAGGAGCCCAGACCUCCUUGUCAACUCAUUAAGACAGGGUCUUCAUAAAUGACAGAAAAAGCACAAAUUCAGCAAUUAUCUAGUAUCCACUUUUGGAAUGAAGCAUUUUAGGAAUCGUGUAAUUGCAUUUUUAUGAUUAAGUGCAGUAGAGGAGUCCGAAUUAUCCCUGGUGAGCAUUUGUAAACUCGUGAUUUCAGCUUUUCUGAAUUUCUGGAUUUGUUUCUGUAGAAAAUAAUUUCAUUCUGAAGGGACGGCGGUCACAUGAAGCUGCUGUUGAUCGUGUGACGGCGGUCAGGUAGAAAACGGAAGUCUUCGGUUAGUUCAGUCGGUAAAUGAUAGACUCCCGCCAUGUUUUCCCUAAAGCACUACUUCACUCUUUUGAAUGUAUUUCAGGGUAUUGACUUUGUAAAUAUAUAUCCAUUAUGAUUAAUAUUGCUUUGAAACGCAUCUAUUUUCUGCCUGACCUUAAUUGCUGUGGUUAUUGCAAUAAAAAUAUAAGAGAAAUUUUAACAACAUAUUUAUACUAAAGAUAUUAUAUAAAGUGUUUAGUCGUACACUUUUUGUAGCACUUUUAUUUUAUGAAGGUCCCAAUAAAGCAAUAUGUACUUCGGCGUUGUCAGAAUGUAGAAUGAAAGGACAGCAGGUACAUUUUAGUAAUAAUCUGUAACUGUGCUGAUAGAUGACCUGUUAUCUAAAAUGGCUAAAAAUGUUUUUAUUGUGUAUAUAUGUGGUGUUUUGGGAUAGAUUGUGUUCGUAGACAUUGAAAUCUGCUCAGACAGCACAGAUAUUCAUCAUGUUAAAUCAUGUAGCAGCUUUUUUUUUUUAAAGCUCUUAAAGCUUACUGUUUUGUCUCUGUAUUAAGAAAAAUAAUAUAUAUAAAUAUACAUGUAUGUAUUCAAAAUAAUGGGGGGAAAUCAGUGAAAUUAAGAAAGUUGUGGUUUAAUCCGAGUGUUUUUCUGAGAUCUAUAAGAAUGUACAUGUUAAGAGAGGCAGCUCUUUCAGUGCAUAAAAAUGUGAUUUAAAUGAAACUAAUUUGCAGCCCAACUGCACAAGAUGCCAGAUUUUGUUCUUGUAAGUCUAAUAUAAAACAUAACUGGUGUACUGGUAUGUUGAAGUUAAGUUGGGUGAAAAUUAAGUAAAAGUAUAAAAACCA